CUUCACUAUAGACUUGAGUAAAAUUAAAUUAAAUUCACCUAAAAACGGAGGAAAAUACAAAAUUUAAAUUUAAUGAGAUUAGGAUUUUUAGCCAAAAAAUAGUUAUAAUUAACCCUUCAUAAUUUAAAAUAUUUGCAAGUAACCCUUUACAAUUUUAUAAAAUAAGACAUGUUACUUUCAAUAUGAAAUAUAACAAAGGUAUAUCUUUUCGAACAGAGGUUGAAUUGAUCAUCGGAAGGAGAAUUAGGCCAAAAAUUAAGCUACAUUAUGGGAAAAUCAAACUUCCAUCGAAGAAAAGCAAAUGAAAGGCUUUCAUAAAAAUUCUCGUGGAAUCAAGAAUGACGUUUUCAUCCCGUACAUGUCAGAUCAUGGAUUAGUAAUGUAGUUUUUUUUUUUUUUUUUUUGGAUAUCAAUUAAAGGAUAUCAAUUAAACUCAAUAAUAAAUAGAUGCAAAUAAUACAUAGGUAACCAAAACAUACAUGCCAUUUUGCCGCUCAUUCAGUUUGCUUCUUCAACAAUUCACACAAACCAUAAUAAGAUCACCCAAACAGAGUCCUCGCUCUUCUUUACCAUAUCGCUACUCCACAAAGCGAAUGAAAACUAAUUUCAUCAAUCAUUAAAAGGUAAAUUUCCAUCUUUAAAUGCUUUCAAAAUUCUACAUGAAAAUUGCCACUAGUGUUAUACAUCUAUAAAUGUUGUAUCUCCAUCGUCACAUAUGUCAUAAUUUUUUCCCGUGAGAUUAGUGAUUCUCAAGGAUAUUCAUGUAACAAUCUUAUGAACAGGGGCGGAGCUAGAGGUUCAGAAGGUGGUUCAUACAAAACGCUUUCGCUAGAUAGUCCGAUCGAUGGAUUCUCAAAUGGCUGCUGCUUUGAGUAGCAGUGUCGAAAAUCACUUCUCUCUUCAAUCAAAUGCAGCCACAGACACUGAACAAGUCGUGUUGAAGGUACCUUUCGUCAUUGGUGUUGCUGGAGGGACUGCAUCUGGCAAAACAACUGUUUGCGAUAUGAUUAUUUCACAGCUUCAGAAUCAACGAGUCGUACUGAUCAGUCAAGAAGCAUUCUAUCAUCCAUUAACUGCACAGCAGUUAGAGAAAGUUCAUGACUACAACUUUGAUCAUCCUGAUGCCUUUAAUACAGAGCUUCUGCUUUCGUGUAUGGAAAAAUUAAAACAUGGACGAGCAAUUCACAUUCCUAAUUAUGAUUUCAAGUGCCAUAGGAGCAUCGAACCAGCCCGUGUGGUCAAUCCCUCAGAUGUGAUCAUUUUAGAUGGAAUUCUUAUUCUACAUGAUCCUCGUGUACGUGAUCUCAUGAACAUGAAGAUCUUUGUUGAUUCAGACUCUGAUGUGCGGCUGGCCAGGAGGAUACGGCGGGAUACUGUUGAGAGGAACAGAAACAUCCAAUACGUGCUAGAUCAAUAUGCAAAAUAUGUUAAACCUGGUUUCGAGGACUUUAUUCAUCCAACAAAGAAACAUGCUGAUGUAAUAAUUCCACGAGGAGCAGAUAAUGAUGUUGCGAUCGACUUGAUAGUUGAACAUAUUCGUACAAAGCUGGGACAGCACGAUCUUUGCAAAAUAUAUUCGAAUGUAUUUGUUAUAUAUUCUACAUUUCAGAUACGUGGGAUGCAUACGCUUGUACGAAACGCAAAAACAACCAAGCAUGACUUUGUUUUUUAUGCUGAUCGCCUUAUUCGCUUGGUUGUGGAGCAUGGUCUUGGUCACCUUCCCUUUACUGAGAAGCAGAUAAUCACUCCUACAGGAUCUGUUUAUAGUGGAGUCGUUUUCUGUAAACGCUUGUGUGGAGUUUCGAUCAUUAGAAGUGGAGAAAGCAUGGAAAAUGCAUUGCGAGCUUGCUGCAAGGGAAUCAAAAUCGGCAAAAUUCUAAUCCACGGGGAGGGUAAAAGUGGCAGGCAGUUGAUCUACGAGAAGCUACCCUCAGAUAUCGCAAGCCGCCAUGUUUUGCUGCUUGAUCCAGUACUUGCUUCAGGGAAUUCCGCAGUGAAAGCUAUUUCUGUGCUGCUUAGUAAAGGUGUACCGGAGUCUAAUAUCGUUUUCUUAAACCUUAUAUCAGCCCCUGAGGGAUUACAUACUGUAUGCAACAAAUAUCCAAGAUUGAAGAUUGUGACAUCAGAGAUUGACACAACCCUUAACAAGGACCUGCAUGUGAUUCCUGGUAUGGGAGAAUUUGGAGAUCGUUAUUUUGGUACUGGUAGUCGAGUUACUCCUUCAUAGCAUCAUCCCUGCAAGCUUGGAGAGGACAUAGAUAUACUCUAUCCCUCUUUUACCUGGGAUGGAAUUAUAUUGCUCAUAAUUUAAUUAACUGUGGGUUGAUCUUAAAUAAUCCACAGAAAUUUUGUAAUAACUUUUGUAACAUUUUCCUUAACACACAAUAUUAGCCAUAAAGAAUUUGCGCUAUCUUCCCUUUUUUUAAUUAGAAAGAGCGAGGUCGUAUUUAUUCAAGGGGAUGAAAGAAUUGUAAAAGAAUCACAAGAUUUUGUGAUCGGAGAGGUGUCUGUUAAGCAUGGCCAUAGAGUUGUAAUUGGAUUUUUUUU